GGGACUAACCAGUUUGGCCGGCGAAACGGCAUCGGCGUGGACAAGAGCGAUGGGCAACAAAGUUGUGACAUUCACCGAGCAGCAGUUGGAUGACUACCAGGAUUGCACGUUCUUCACGCGCAAGGAGAUCCUGCGCGUCCACAAACGGUUUCGGGAGCUACGUCCGGACUUGGUGCCCCGCCAAAUGACUGAGGGUCAGGCCUCGAGUGUCAAGGUUCCCUGCGAGUGCAUUGAGAAGAUGCCCGAGUUGCGUGAGAAUCCCUUUCGCCGUCGCAUCUGCGAGGCCUUCUCACGCGAUGGCCAGGGCAAUCUGUCGUUUGAGGACUUUCUGGACGCUCUCUCUGUCUUCAGCGAGCAGGCGCCGAGGGACAUUAAAGUUUUCUACGCUUUCAAAAUUUAUGAUUUUGAUCAGGAUGGCUUCAUUGGGCACGCCGACCUCAUGUCCUGCCUGACAACAAUGACCAAGAACGAGCUCAGUCCGGAGGAGCACCAGCAGAUUGCCGACAAGGUAAUCGAGGAGGCCGACGUCGAUGGCGAUGGCAAGCUAUCAAUUCUGGAGUUCGAGCAUGUCAUCCUCCGGGCCCCCGACUUCCUCUCCACCUUCCACAUCAGAAUAUAAAAUGGCCGCUCGUUUGUACUUGUAUUAUUAAAUUGUUUAUGUCUGAGCAUA